GGAGAGAACCCCCGGCUCUGCGCAGUCGGAGUUCGAGGAGACGCGGCAGGCCUGGGGACGAUGGAAUUCUCUUGGUGCAGAUGAAAAUGCUACUCGAGAGAGAGAAAAGGAUGAGCGUGAGCUGCGGGAUGCAGGAGCCCCCUAGUGACGGGGCGGCGCGCAGGGUCCGGUACGCCCUAACACGCUGUGCGAGCUGCGGCCUCAGAGCACCCCAGGCACGGACGCGCGCUGGCGGUCAGAGACAUCCUAACUCCGUGAACUUCAUUCAGCUCGGCUAUCAAUUCCACUCCUGCCAUAUGUGUCACUGUCCCAGCAGAUGGCACCACCAAGUCCAAGGAACAGUACCCCUAAUAGUAGCAGUGGCAGCAAUGGGCACGACCAGCUGAGCAAAACCAACCUGUAUAUUCGGGGACUGCAGCCAGGCACUACCGACCAGGACCUUGUCAAGCUCUGUCAGCCAUAUGGCAAGAUUGUCUCCACCAAGGCCAUCCUGGACAAGACCACAAACAAGUGCAAAGGCUACGGCUUCGUGGACUUCGACAGCCCUUCGGCAGCACAGAAGGCUGUAACUGCACUGAAAGCCAGUGGUGUGCAGGCCCAAAUGGCAAAGCAACAGGAGCAAGACCCUACAAAUUUAUACAUCUCAAACCUCCCACUGUCCAUGGAUGAGCAAGAGCUGGAGGGGAUGCUGAAGCCUUUUGGUCAGGUUAUCUCCACCCGGAUCCUUCGAGACUCUAGUGGGACCAGCAGAGGGGUCGGCUUUGCAAGGAUGGAGUCCACAGAGAAGUGUGAAGCCAUCAUCACCCACUUUAAUGGAAAGUAUAUUAAGACGCCCCCUGGAGUAACAGCACCAUCUGACCCCUUGCUUUGUAAAUUUGCUGAUGGCGGGCCAAAGAAACGACAGAACCAAGGAAAAUUUGUGCAAAACGGACGGGCCUGGCCCAGGAAUGGAGACAUGGGUGGUAUGGCCCUAACCUAUGACCCCACCACAGCUCUUCCAAAUGGGUUCUACCCAACCCCUUACAACAUCGCCCACAGCAGGGUGCUUGCUCAGGCUGCUCUCUCCCCAUAUCUCCCGUCUCCUGUGUCUUCCUAUCAGAGAUUGACUCAGCCGUCUCUACAAGUGCCUAGCCCAUCCUGGAUGCAACACCAGUCGUACCUCAUGCAGCCUUCAGUGAGUGUUCAGAAGUGGGCAGACAAAGAGACAACUGGAUGUAAAGAAAAGCCAAGGGCUUUGAUGACAGGAUAUGUGGGUGGCUCGGUUCUUACACCAGGGAUGGACCAUCCUCUUUCUCUCCAGCCUGCCUCCAUGAUGGGACCUCUUACUCAGCAACUGGGUCACCUGUCACUCAACAGCCUGGGCACGUUCAUGCCAACAGCUGCUGCUAUACAAGGAGCUUACAUCCCCCAGUACCCUCCCGGGCCUUCUUCCAAUGUUUCUGUUGAGGAGAGCAGUGGCCAGCAGAAUCAAGUGGCAGUGGAGACACCCUCAGACCAUGGGGUCUAUCCUUUCCAGUUCAGCAAGUAGUGAGGCCUGCCCAGCUUGAGAAGAAAAGCCUGCGCCUGCCUGCCUUUUCUCAUUGAUGGAGCACGGGGAACCAUGUUGCAUUUUGUAUGUGCUACAUUCAAGAUCAAAAAAACACUGGUCAGGCUGCUUCUCAUCUUCACAAAAACGUUUGGAUAUGUUGGAAAUACUUAGAAAAAAAAAGUGCUGGAAAAUUGAUGAAGGAGCCCUGCUUGCCAAGUUAUUAUGGACUAUUUUUGAUAUGUUUUAAAUAUGCAGACUUAAAAUUUGUUUUGCAAAGCUCUCAGCUCACCAUCCCAUUGAACCCCCCACCCCCCACCUUUUAAGGUGGGGUCUCAGUGUAGCAUUGGCUGGCUGGAAACUCACUCUGUAGAUCAGGCCUUGAGCUCACAGGGAUCCUACCCAUUCCGUCUCCUGAGUGCACCACUACGCUUGGCUAUUUUUUUACUUCUUGUCCAGAUUGUUCUUUUUCUCUUUUCCAUUCAGCUGGGCCUUGCCUACUUUGCAUUUUCAGCUUUUAAACUUUAUGGAUUUGGCGUAAAUUUCAUAUGGCACUGGGGAAUGGAGAGCAGUGCUGGCAGUGGAGGUGGCUUUCUCUGCCCUCUGAGAAGAGACUCUGGGAAGCAGACAUCCGUGCAGCCUUCAACCAAAUCUGGUGGCAAGGUCAAGAAGGGUGAACUUACUGACACCUGACCGCCUCUUAGCACUGCCAAGUGUCACCCAGCUUCAGCGUUUGGGACACCUGUUCUGCCUCCUAGAAGGUCUUCACUCUAUCCCAGGUCCCACAGCCCCCACCCCUGCUGCUUGUGGUCUUGCUCAGUCCAUGUUAAGAUUCUUCUCCUGCUGCACAAGUUCUGCCCUUCACUUCAGCUGGAGGUAAUUUUGUCCCCAAGAGGCUGUUGCCAUGUCUGUCUUUGAUUGCCGUGCUUGGGGAGUGGUCAUAUGUGCUUGGCACCUAGUUGUUGCAGACUGAACAUCUGACACUACAGAACUCCACCUCACCAACUCCAUCCUGGCAGUUAUCUAGUUCAGUUACAGUACUUCCCUGCCUUCUGGAGUAGGCUAAAUCCCCAGCCCAACCCUGGACACAGCCUCAUCGUGUUCAUGUACCCAACCAGGAGUGCCAGUUAUGAUCUUUGAAUUCUGUCCAUUCUGCUUCCUGGAGGAUUGUUUCUGCCUGGGGUCUCAGCCCCUCAUCCCAGCUGCACAUGGCUGUACUCAACAAUCUUCAGAGCUGUGACUUUGCCAAAUCACCUAAGAAUUCAACAGGGCUCACUCAUGGUUGUGUGUGUAUGCCAAAUGCACAGUUUGAAGGGAUGGAGGUGAGAACUGUUCAAUGUGUGCUGUGCAUGCCUGAGGACCAAGCUCUCUGCAGUACCCUGCCCAGCCCUGGUGUGUUUGGACACCUUCCCCAGGGAACCAGAACACCGGAAAUCAUUGUCCUUGAGGAGGGACAACAGGGUGCUAGGACAGAAAAAGGCAAUGCAUUAGCCCAUUACUUCUGUGAGGAGGACCUUUUAAGUGCCUAUCUCUUCAACUGUCCCCUUCUGCAAGACCUGCCCCACAUAAUGUGACUUGUCCUCUUCAUAUCAAAGCCAGGCUCUCCUCCACUAGACAACCAAAGUAAUGGAGAUGGGGAAAUGUAUUCAGAGGCCUGUGUGUGUGGGAGAGGAAGGGCUGAGCGUGUGUUUAUUGCAGAACUGGGAACCCUGGCCUGGUUGUCCUGUGCAUUCUGGGAGUAAAGGGCUCAUGGCAGUGGCAAGCAUACAGUAUAAAAGCAAAACUACCAGAUUUUUCAUUGGUGCUUCCAACCUUAGGAAGAUCAGUCAUAAAAAAGGCCUCAAGCCCCGCACUUGUCUUCCAGCCCUCAAUGACAGAACACUGAAGAGGCUACUUUGUUAGUCCUGUUGUCACUGCAGUCCCUCCACUACCUCCUUAAAAGUUGUUUCUUUUUCUGUAGUUCUAAAGCAAUUCCAAUGUCUGAUGGUUUUAAAAUUUGAAGUUUCCUUUUGGUUUUCCUCUGUGUGUUAGAUCCCAGUGUUUCCGGUUAACAGGUGUGAACAUGGGAAAUGAGGGUAACCUGUAUUUUUUUUUUUAUAGUGGUGACUGGCACUGUGUAACUCUGCUUGGUGAUUUUCAUCCUCUCUUGCUUGCUCAUUACUCAGUGGGGACAGGAAGUAAGGAUGCAGGCUGUAGAGGGAUGGUCCACAUGGCACGGCCCCUCAGGAAGCAGCUCUCCACCAUACCCCGUGCAGCCUAAACCCCGUUGGCAUGAAGGUUAGCUCUUUCUCUCUUUACAUACCACCUCCACUCAUUACAGAUGAACAGAGUCCACCCCUAAGGUGGUGUCAUCCUUUACCAGACUCCAGGCCUAAUCCAUCUCAGUAUUACUAGCAUCUCUUUCAGGCUGUAGAUAGACUGACCUUUUUGGAGGAAGGUGCUGACAUUAAUUAGGACAAAGUGUCAGAAUUGCACUCACUGAAGGUUGGUUUUUGCAUCUUCGCCAAGGGCAAUACAGUUGAGUAGGUAGGUGGUGAGUCCAAACUUAGCCAGCCUUUUCUACACCUGAAUUCAGAGACUAGGGCGUCAGUCUACAGAGGAAAAUCAAACCUGUGCUUUGUUACACCACUCUGUACUUCUGAGUAGGCUGCUUUUCAAAUGCCUUUCAGCACAAGAGUCCUGACUGGUCGACAUUCUCCUCAGCAGCUAAACCAGUUCGGAUUUGUCUCCUCUGCUUUUUGCUGUGUUUCACUGGAGGUGGUCUCCAUGUGGCAAUGAUUUUGAAAGCUACGGCUCUCGUGACCACUACUCUGCCUGGUAUUUGCUUGUUCAAAAUAAGCAAACCCCCAACUUCCUUGUCCUCGCUACUCAACUACCUCAGUCUCACAAUUCAGCAAGGGCCCAGCACCUACUGCCCUUGUCUUCCUGGACUUAGAAACUAACGCAAACUCUUUAGUUCUGGAAGGGAAACUGGUCUUUCUGGAUUGUCUUCUCUAGCGAUUUUGGCUCCCUGAUCACCUACAACAGUGUGAGCUGUCCAGAAGACAAGCCAGGGCCUAGGCUGUGCAGUGACCACAAGGGUAAUUACUCGUGACCCAGGAACACCAGCUUUGGAGAAGAGGUUAAGACCUCAAAGUAAGAACGGAUUGGAGGCUGCCACAGAGCUGGAAGGGCUGUGUGUGACUUAACAGGGCUAGAAUGAAUGUAUCUGCUCCUGCUUCUCUCUGGGGCUGGUGAUGACUCUAAAGGAUGCACUUACUACCUGGAGAGGAAGUUUAAUUUAUACUUAGAACAACUUUGGACAUUUUCCUCUUUACCAAGAAAGCUGUAGUUUUAUAUUCUCCCAUAUCUGCCAACACCACUUCUUGCUUGCUCUCCUUGGCUGACUUCUGGCUCCCAUUCCUCCCCUGUGAUUUGGAAGAGCUUUACUUUUGCUAACUUUUAAAAAUAAAACACAAAAGCCUGC